AUGAUGCCUAUAAGUGACGAUGAAUACGAUAUACCUUCACAAGAUUCUCAAAGUGGUACGAUGUCAAAAGCAGAGCUCAGGAAAACCCAUAAGCCGAUCAUGGAAAAACGUCGUCGAGCCAGGAUCAACAAUUGCUUGAACGAGAUCAAGAAUUUGAUUCUUGAAGCCAUGAAUAAAGACCCCGCCCGUCACACCAAACUCGAAAAAGCAGACAUCCUGGAGAUGGCAGUGAAGCAUUUGCAAAACGUACAGAGACAACAAUUGGCUGUCGCUAUUGCUUCUGAUCCCACAGUGAUCAGAAAAUUUAAAAGCGGCUUUAACGAUUGUGCUACUGAAAUUGACAGAUUUAUAACAAAAUCCGAUGGUCCUGGGAGCGGUAUGCGAGACCGCGUCUCAAAUCACCUACAAAAAUGCAUAAACGGUCUGGACCAAGUAGCUCAGUUUUCAGCACCCGCCAAUCUUCCAUUCACAUCCAAUACAAUAUUCGCCACAAAUCAAAACUCCGAAACCCAUUCUGGAGACCAGAACAAUAACCCCAGAAUCCAGAUUCCGCAAGGUAUCCAACUGAUACCGAGUCGCCUACCAACUGGUGAAUUAGCUUUGCUUGUACCAAAUUCAUCGAAUCUGCCAUAUUUUCCAUUACCUCAUCGUCCUAGUGCUUUUGUGACAGUUAAGCCUCAAACUUCUGAACCACCUAAAAUACUCAGUCCUCCAUUGAGCCCUGUGGAAGUAUCCAAAGGUUUUAGACCCUUGCACAAACCCAAACCCAAUUAUCCUGAAGAUCAUCAAGUGCCUCAAAUAAGCUCGACUGUAAUAACAGAAGUGAAAACAAUGAAGUUUCCUAUUCAUAAGCCUUUGGAAAAGGAACGCAAGCUUGUUGAGCAUACCAGCGUUAUCAGAAAACUUUCUGAGCCUUUGUGCAUUAUCACCAAUCAAGGGGAGAGAUAUAAGCAAGCUCAGCAAAAAGAAGACUCUAUUAAUCUUGAAGAAAAUCAACCUAGAGGCAUUAAAAGGGAUUACUCUGAAAUUCAAGUACCUAAUGAAAUUUUUGCAAGACCAAAUAAAAUUGUAAAAGUUUCACAUCACGUGGUACCUCCUUCGUCGUAUGUAAGGCCAAAUGAUAGCGGGGGUGAAUCUUCAAGACUUGGUUCAAAAGAACCAUCUGAUGAUAAGCAAAAGGGUGAUCAAAACGAUAUGUGGAGACCAUGGUAGAAAUAGUUUUAUGGUAAAUUUUGCUCAACAAAAGCUUUAAUUCACUUUAGGAAUUUGAUUUUUCUUUUUACUGGAAGAAUAAUAGUUGUUAUACUUAUAUAAUUAUGUACAUUUUUACAAACAAGUUGACAGCUAUAGUAAUAUAUUUUUAUUUUUUUAUAUAUCACAUAAAUUGAAUCAUUUUUUAUUUUUUUUUAAAGUAA